AUGGAAAUCGACACCGCUCAAGCUUCCCCUACGGCCGACAGGGCCUGCAAUUCUUGCAGACAACGUCGAGUCAAGUGUGACAAGAGAUUACCCGGGUGUCAACGAUGUGAGAAACUAGGGAGACCUUGUACCGGUUAUGACUUGGAACGCAAAUUCCUAGACGAGGGUAUCAAGGUUCGGAGGAAAUAUGAUGGCAACUAUCAGUCUCUUCCCGACCUAUCAAGAGAGACCGUCCUCGUCACUUCUGCCAAACCUCCUUCAGUUUCGGGGCUGGAUAACCAGCAUUCCAAUGUACCCUCAUACGAUGGAAGCGUGACACGGUCUAACCCAACCAUUCCGCAAAUCAUUUCGCCGCCAUCACCUCCUUCCACCACAAGAUCAUCGCUCAGUAACGUCCAAUAUCCUGCCUUUGGGGUUCUUCCUCCGCCAACGUCAAACUUCAAUGCAUUUGCCGAUACUUCUCCCCAACCUCCUGUCAGUCUCCCUGUCUCCAAUAUUCCAACAAACCUCCAACCGCCACGGCCACCGCCAAACCAUGACAAUUUUCAACAUUCCCAAGAUCAUCCUACCGCCAAGCUGUUACACGGCAAACCCCAAUAUGCUCCGUCGGAAAUGGACACCUCGGUCAGUGAGGACUAUUUCGACCUGGAUAUCGAGACAUAUUAUGCCAAAGGGAAUAAUGCAUGUGGAUUUAUUCCUGGCUUGCCGGUGAUCCUCACCGAUACAAGUGAACCGGAAACCGACGAUGAUUUCUUGACCAGUGAUUACGCAUCGCUUAGCGGGAGAUCGUCUGUAUAUGAUAGCUCGGAAGGAAAUCGACCCCGUCCAGAAUACAGCCAAAAAUACCUCCAUGAACGAACCAUUGAAUUGACAUGUCUGACUCGUCAUUUUGUACAAUCCAUAUCUCCAUCAAUGGACCUCUUUGAUCUCGAUACGUAUUUUAGUCGAAUUGUACCCCUGAAGGCGGUCCAAAAUGGCAUGUUGAGAUCCGCCAUGGCGGCCGUUGCAGCGAAUCAAAUCGGUCAAUUGAUGGCCAAUCAUUCUCCAGUAGAGGACCUUCAACACCUCUUACCUUUCAUAGGAGACGAUGCCGUUUUGCAGCAUACAGACUGGUUUUAUAAGGCCGCCAAUUACUACGACCGAGGGAUAUCAUACUUGAGAAUCUUCUUACAGCGAUGGCUCAAUGACCCAAGUAAUGAUGGAUUGACUGGACACGCUUCAAGAUAUAAUGCGACAACAAAUUUAUCCGAGUCCAGCAAUACAAGCGCCGCCGUUGGCAUCACCUCUCCACACAAACGACGACGGAUCGGUAGAAACCAGUCAACAGAUGGAGCAGAUAUGGAAGCGUUGGUGGCGGCAAUAUCAGUUUUCUCGCUGUAUGAAUCUCUGGACAAUUUCACGGAUGACUGGUCACAGCAUCUUGACGGCUUCAAAGCGCUGCUGGAAGCGAAAAUCCUUCCUCAAGCCAUUUCUUUACCACGACCCCGAGCAGAACCAUUCAUUUCGAUGAAAGCGGGGCGUGCGGCGUUCUGGAAUUUUGCUCGAGCGGAUUACUUGGCGGCAUAUGUCAAUCACUCCAAAACUCGUCUGGAUCCGGACAAUUUGACCAUGUGGAAAGCUGCAGGACUCCCUCUGACGGAUGACGGGACCUUGGCUUAUUGUGAUCCAUCCCCGCCCAGCAACGCGAUCGUCGCCUAUCAAUCAAGUGAUAGGGAAGACCUGGUAUCGUGCACAUUAAUCUGGAUCGUGCUGCGGGUUAUGAACUUUGUUGCUCCUCACGAUGACACGUUGACAGCCAACACAACCGGCACUCCACAAGGUCUGGAAAGUCCGGCUUCAACAGUUAUCAGGACUGGAUCAGACGGCCCGACGUCGAGUCUGAUACAAAGUCGUAUCGCGCGGUGGAAAAAACUCCGCCGCCAACUUGAAGACUGGUUCGACAAUCUUCCCUUCACCUUCCAACCGUAUGCGAUGAUGGGUGCGGGAUCCCAAUACCCCUCCGACCAACCACCCGAGGGUAGACCACGAUUCACCCGCCUCUUCUUCAGCGUACCCAUGUGCGCCGCGGCGCUGCAGCUCUAUCACUUUGCACAGAUUUUGCUUCUGCUCAAUCAACCCGUUGACGAAAGCGACUCGCGCAACCUCGCCAAUCGCAUCCGCAUGUUCCGCACCGUCUCCGAGGAAUCCGAGCAUCAUAGUCGGCAGAUCUGUGGCAUUGCCCUAGGAAAACCCCCUCCUGCCGUUAGCAGGCAGAUGGUGCAUUCGCUGUAUUUGGCGGGCUUGUGCUUUGAAGAGAAAGAUGACAGGCUCGUGGUAUUGGAGCUUUUACAUAAUAUCGAGAAGGAAACGGGUUGUUCGACGGCCCAUCGCGUCCGAGACCUCAGACAGCAAUGGGGAUGGAAUGAGGAUGACAAUGUUGUGCGCGGAAAUUAUGCCUGA